AUGAAAUCGAAUAUAAUAUUAACCGGAGCAAAAACGCUAAAAAAUUAUGAUUGGUUUGACCAUGAGUUACCUCUUAGUAAAUUGCCGUUGAUGCCGAGCUUGUUAAGCACUACUGUCGGUGCUGGUAUAGGAGCUUUAUGCUCAAUUAUAGUCAAUUGCGCUCUUGUAGAAUUAUCAACUUCAUCUUUUUUCACUCUGUAUUUUGGAUUCACAUUUAUAAUUAUUGGACUUGCUAUAUUAUGGAGACUAACAGCUUCAAGUGAUUUUAAUGAUCAAAAUCAAACUAGAAAUCUUAAAAUUUUCGGAUUUAUGAUUGUAUUUUCUGGUCUAUUGUGUUUUUUUCUUAGGAAGAACUGGUUCAUAGCAUUACCUACUUCCCUCAAAACAGUUGUCUACACUCUACUAGGCGUCUCAACGUCAUUCGCACUCACAUUCACCAUCGUAGACAUCAUCAACUACUUCAUGGCCACACUUGAAACUACAGUCUCAAAACCAUUAGUAGAAUCUAAAUCACAAGUCCAUUUAAUAUUAUCGAUCGCAUUAGUAAUGGGAGCAAUAUUUGGGUUUACUUUUGGGCUAAUGGACGUGGAGGAUGAAGCAGCCUAUCACGUCCAGCUGGCGUUAAUGAAGGAGGAAAAAUACACCUAUCCAAUAGGAAUACUUUUAGGCGGAGCUGCUGGAUUUGGUAAUGAGUAUUUAAGACAACAGGAAUCUUGGCGAUUUAACAGAGAUAAUGCAUAUGAUGUUGAAAUAUAA